UACCCAGCCUCUGCCUCUUUACCCGACACUGUCCCGCACUCUCACUUAACCUCCACAUAGUGCCGGACGGGAAAUAACUUAAACUACUUUUCUUUUUUUAAAACUCUCUGAAUGACAGCUCCUCGGGCUCAGCACUGCCUCUGACAACGACGCCGAACUAUUUUUUAUUUGACUUUCUGAUCCUCGGCGGAGCGCAAACAGAGGAGUUACCAAAAGUCCUCCGAUAAGUUCCAGCGAUGGUGACUUUACGCACGGGAUUUGAAGGCUGUUUGAACUGACUUUGGUCUCGACGCUGAAAACUCUUUGUCAUCGCCCACAACAAGCUUCAAGUUUACCGGCAAGACGCAGCGAAUGACGAAGAAGUGAAUUUCCAGGUCACGUUCAUGAAUUUUAAAGUCAUCCGUAAGUGAGAAGAGGGUGUUGGAGUUGAAGUCUCUUAUUUCUAAUGAUGUCUUCCAUGCGAGCAACGCCUCCUUUCCACCCACCGUCUGAGGAAGAAGAAGUGAUAGGUCAGGACAAUGCAGCCUGGGCCAACGACAAGCGAGAGGGCCUGAAGGAGACACCAUCUCCCUCUUCGCAUGACCAACCCCACCCAGACGAGCUGCAGCCAACCAGAGAGAAGCUGACGGAUGCUGAGUGGGAGAACGUGGUGCCUGCUGCGAUGGACAAUGAAAGCAGUAAAGGCUGUUCAGUCUACUCCUACCGGACUAACUCUACCUCUCCACCCAAGCCAGAGGAGUUUUCCAGGGAUCGCGGGGAGUCAAUGAUCGGCCUCGCUUUCGGCACGCCGGAGCGCCGCAAAGGAAGCCUGGCAGACGUGGUGGACACACUGAAACAGAAGAAACUCGUUGAGCUGACCAAGACAGAACAAGACGAACCAUCCUGCAUGGAGAGGCUCCUCUCCAAGGACUGGAAGGAGCGUGUUGACCGCCUGAAUGCCAACGAACUUCUGGGCGAGGUCAAAGGUACGCCAGAGUCACUGGAGGAGAAGGAGCGCCAACUUUCCACUAUGAUCGGUCAGCUGAUCAGUCUGAGGGAGCAGCUCCUCUCGGCCCACGACGAGCAGAAAAAGAUGGCCGCCUCACAGCUGGAGAAGCAGAGGCAACAGAUGGAGCUGGCCAGGCAGCAGCAGGAGCAGAUCGCCAGACAACAGCAGCAGCUCCUGCAGCAGCAGCACAAGAUAAACAUUCUCCAACAACAGAUCCAGGUUCAGGGUCACAUGCCUCCUCUGAUGAUCCCAGUGUUUCCUCACGACCAGCGGUCUCUGGCUGCUGCUGCUGCCGCACAGCAAGGCUUCCUCUUCCCACCAGGAAUGUCCUACAAGCCAGGUGAGAAUUACCCCAUGCAGUUUAUUCCAUCUACAAUGGCAGCUGCAGCGGCGUCUGGACUCAGCCCGUUACAGCUACAGCAGCUGUAUGCUGCCCAGCUGGCGAGCAUGCAGAUCUCGCCAGGAGCCAAGAUGACUCCCCUUCCGCAGGCGCCCAACUCCUCCGGUCCCCUUUCCCCAUCCGCCCUGAAAAGCGAGAAGCGAGCAUCCAGUCCUGUCGUUCAAAUUAAGGAGGAAGGACACACACAGCCAUUGAACCUCUCAGCCAGACCCAAGACAGCCGAGCCUCUUCGCUCCCCGGCGUCCCCGACGCAGGGUCUGUUCUCCGGAAACAAGACCAGCCCAACAGGAAUGGGCAAGGGCCGCAUCCCAAGCCCUCUCCCCAACAUGGGCAGGAACACCUCUUUGGACAUCCUGUCAAGCCUCAACUCCACGGCGCUGUUUGGGGACCAGGACGCGGUGAUGAAGGCCAUCCAAGAGGCCAGGAGCAUGAGGGAGCAGAUCCAGAGGGAGCAGCUCCACCACCAGCAGCAGCAACAACCGGGACACCAGAGUCUGGAGGCCAAACUGUCCGCCCUGAGCAGCAUGACCCUCAACAACGGCAACAAGUCACCUUUUUUUGUGUUGCAGGAGCGGCUGCACUAUGAGACACUGAGCCAGCACCUGGGGAAGCUUGGAGAGGAUGCCGGGAAGAUGGUCCAUCGAGUCAUUGACCUGACGAGACCAGAAGAUCUGGACGGGAAUAAUAUCACAGAGGCACGAGUGUUCAGGGAGGCGCGGGGAAGGAACAACAGUGAGCCCCACAUCAAGAGGCCCAUGAAUGCCUUCAUGGUGUGGGCAAAAGAUGAGAGGAGGAAGAUCCUGCAGACCUUCCCCGACAUGCAUAACUCCAACAUCAGCAAGAUCCUAGGCUCUCGCUGGAAAGCCAUGACCAACCAGGAGAAGCAGCCGUACUAUGAGGAGCAGGCCCGCUUGAGCAAGAUCCAUUUGGAGAAAUAUCCCAACUACAAGUACAAGCCGCGGCCCAAGAGAACCUGCAUCAUCGACGGCAAGAAGCUGCGCAUCGGAGAGUACAAGCAAAUGAUGCGGUCACGGCGUCAGGAGAUGAGGCAAUUCUUUGUGGGACCUCAGCCACCGAUUCCUCUCAGCAACAGCCCAGGCAGUGUAGGAGUUUACCCAGGCGCCAUAACCAUGGCAACGACAGCCACGCCAUCCCCACACCUGACCUCAGACUGCUCCAGCAAUUCAGCCAGUCCAGAACCCGCCAUCCCUGUCAUUCAAAGCACGUACACGGUGAAGUCCGAGCCUGGCAGCAGAGGCAACAAUGGCAGGGGGGUCGGAGCCUUGGAUCUGCCCAGUGACCCCGCCAACGGUGACGACGACAUGGACAUGUACGAGGACUUUGAGGACGAGCCCAAGUCAGACUAUAGCAGUGACCAUGAGACACGAGAGGCCAUCAGUGCCAACUGAGUGUUGUCAGGGUCUAAGCUGUAAAAAGAGAGAGAAAAAAACUCCUGUUAUACUCAGAGACACUUUUUGAAAACACAAUUUAUUACAGAGACCUUCAGGCAAACUUUCAGGACAUGUUGCGUCAUGCACUGAGCAUACCCAGACAGGAUUCAUACUGCUCAGAAAGUGAGAAAAGAAGACAAUGUCUUGAUGGACGUCCUUUUUAAAGAAGAGGGCUGAUGGGAAAAAAUGUGACCCAAGAAAACAACAUGAACAAACAUUCAGACAUCCAGCUGACAAUGAACUUCAGUUUUACACUUUGACAAUCUUAACAGGAGUGAAUAAGAGUUAGACGAGAACGAGACAGAACGAGAGAGAAUGGGACAAGGAACAAAUGAGCGACGAACACAUUGCUGUGUGGUUUGUAAAGAGCAUGCAUGGAUUUUGAAGCAUCAGGAAUUGGUCUUCAACAGCUAUUUGGUCUUAAAUGUUUAAGGAGUGAUUAAGUUUUCAUCAUUAUGUAUUUACUUUUUUGUGGGUUUAUUUUUUUUUUUUCCUUUUUGUUUUUUGUUUCUAUAGACUUUUUUUCUGACAGGUCACUGCCUGUACAAACUCUGGACUGUCGGAACUUGAAAUUUGAAAAGUUUUAAUAUAAAUCCUAGCUAUUGUAAUCUUAUAGUCUUACUUUUGUUUCUUAUAAUACAGUGCAUCUACAUGCAUCUACAUCUUUUUUUUCUGACAGACUGCUUACAUUACAUUACUGUUUUGUUUUUUUUAAAUGUCCCAGCUCAGGUAUGAUGUGCCAGCGUGUGAAUGUGUUUUAUUUUUGUUUUAUUUUUUUUUUCAUACAAAAAGAGUAGUAGACUUUUCAGACUGUCAAUGAAAUAAAGGGAGCAAAAUCCCUUAUAUCACAUUUAUUAUUAUUAUUAUUAUUAUUGUUAUUAUUAUGAUUAUUAUUAGUAUUAGUAUUGUUAUUAUUAGUAGUAGUAUUAUUAUUAAGUAAUUACCCAGGCAUUGUACAGAUUUACUUCAAAUGUGCCAAACCUACAUUCACAUUCACUCGGGAUGUUGAAGUCUUAACUUCCAAUGCUGCAAAAAAGUCUUAUACAAUCAGCUUUUUUCUAUCUGAUGACAUGAGUUCCUACUUGGUAACUGCGGGCUCCCCUCCUGGCCCAAUCACAGGCAGAGCUCAGGGAGGAUGUGUUUUCAUCACACUUGCUUAGUCACAUACACACGCGCGCGUACACACACACACACACACACACUUUGUGUCGCUCUGUGGCUAACCCCUCCAGCUUUGAGAUGUAGUCAGAAGAGCACCAUCGAAAGGUGUCGGUUCUUCAAUUCCACUGCAUUGGUGCUUUCAUGAACCGCAUUGCCCAUAGUUCCUUGAGGCCAAACACUUAUGGUGCAGAAAGUGUAGUAUGAUGUAACCAAACACCAACAUUUAGCAUUUGUCCCAUUCAAUCUGGCUAAAGGUACAUUUCUCAAGUUCUGCUUUAGAGUCUUUAAAGUGUACCUAUAGCUCUGUUCAUUCAUUGUCAUAUUAUAGGGGAUGAACAGCCCCAGAAUUACUCUACUGUAGGAUAAGAGUUUCUAAUAUUCUGGAUCCCUUAACUGUAUUUUGAAUCGUUUUGUUUUGAAUCGGUACAAACGUGUCCAAAAUGUUACUAUUUUUAUUAGCCUGUUAAUAUUUGUAAAUGUCUUCUCAGCAUCACAUGGGAAAGAUACAGCAAACUUGUGUUUAAAAAAAAAAAGAAUUUAUAUAGUUGCAAGAAAAAAUAAUUGGUUUAAUAGAUCUGUUAUUUCAAAAAGGGUACCUUUUUCUACGUUGCAUGUAUAUUUUGAAGACAAGUAAAUUAUUAAGAGAAGAAUGGAGGAAAAAAAAAGGUGCAUAAUUCUCAAUCAGCGUCUCAGUCAACCCCCCCAGUCAGAGCACACAACUUUUUCCACAGUCUGAAGUGUCUCGAUGCAGCCCAGUGGUGGUCAGCGCCGCUGCUGGGUAUGCACACUUUUCCUCUAUUUUAUUCAAAUGUCACAUUCUUUCUCUGAAAGACACACAAUAUUUUCUCUUUGUCUCUUUUUACCACGUUUUGCAAUUUCAAACAUGUUUCCAUUUUCAACCCCUGUGACCUCAGGUGGUUUCUGGGCGCUCUGUUUAGCUGUUAGCUGUUGCACACGUCUUCUGACUAUUCAUGACCAUAUCUGGCAGUUGUUACUUGGAAAAGGUUCACAAGCUGGGACUGAACAUUGGUUUUUGCUUGCAUCACUAGGGAAAAAUAUAUAUAUAUAUAUAUAUAUAUAAAAAAAAAAACGCCUCAUGCAUAGACAUUUCUCUUAGUGUCAUACACAUCCUAAGCACUGGAUAUAAAUUCUAUGUUUUUUUUUUGUUUUUUUUUUUAGUAUUAACUAAUGUGAAGUUGUUGUUUGAUUUUCAUCAUGAUAAAAAUUAGAACAGUCACAUGCUUGGACUUUAUAGAAAGCCUUGUACAUGCCAGGCACAGGUAAAUUGCCAUUUCUUUACAAGCAUUUCAUUUAUUGAAGCAAAUUUUGUUGCCGCAGGUCUAAUGCCACCUGAAGGGGUCACAUCACCUCUGAUCUCUUUAAAAAGGUAACCUCAUGCUCUUAUCAGUUGUGACCUGCAGAAGCAUAACCUAAGUUUCCUGGUCAGACACAUUUUGUGAUGAGUAUUGUAUUUGAAAUUCAAUUGUGCGUUUUAACAUUUCAUUGUAUUUAUUAGCCAGCUUUGGCUCUAAAAAGUGUCAGUACAACUUGGUGAGAAAGACAAUCAAAAAAAUAAAUAAAUAAAUAAAAAGUAAAGACUUGAGAUUUUUCUUACAAAUCUGUCACGUUACUGUUUUUUUUUUUGUGGAACUGUUGAUUUGCAGAAAAACCCUCAUGCCUAUUGUGUUCUGAAUGUGAAAGCACUGUGAAGUAACAGGUAGAGUUGCAUGAAGUUUUCCAUUGCUCUAAAUAGUGCUCUUACUUUCCAGGGAUCUAAUAAUUUCCAACACAAGGCUUUCUGUUUCCAAAGUCAAGCGAUUCCACUUGGUCUUUAUAUUUUGGUGGCCCAUUACAGUAAAUGUGGCCUAUUGUUCCAUUGUGUGUGCGUAUGCGUGUGUGUGCGUGUGUGUGUGUGGAAACGCCACACAUUCUGACUGUGCUGUGGUGUAUACGCCACGGCGCCGGUGCUCACGGCAGCCAAUCCCAGCAUUUCAGAGAGAGAAACAGAGAACUCAGCCAUAUGCAGCCACAUCAUAAAUCUAAUUGUAAUUCCCAAAUCAACUGUAGCGUCACCCUGCGAGGGGCGCCGGCAAGUUUGUCACACACUCCUUUGUGUGCACUAAUGUGUGUGCGCGCUGUGCUAUAGCCUUUAGUUGGGAGGGGUGUUUGAAAUCAUACUUGUGCUGUUGCCAUGCUAAUCUCGUUAAAUAAGUCAUCAUAAUUUACAUUUCCUUUUUCCUUUCUGCAGGAUGAUCAUUUCGCUGUUUGCAUGUUGACAGAUUGUUUCUGUGUGCGCACGGUUGUAUGAGUGUGUGCAAAGCUUUCAGCACCUUAACAAAGGCUAGUGUAGUUAAUUACAGUGCAGUCGUAGUUUCAUAGCUUAAGAUGUCAAACAAGGUUUUCCAUUCAGUUUACAUGAUUUCCAGUUCUUAAACUACUGGUAGCUAAAUGUAAAGAAAUUAGCACUCAGAACAUCAAAUAUAAAAAUGGACCCAAGUCAAAUUUAUAAAUAUUUUUUAGAACUUGUGCACAUUUCUGGAUUAUACUGUAAGAGUUGGGCAAGGCUUGCUACAUCUGAAAAUGAGAUAGAAAAAGUAAUUGAGAUUGUAGUUUUUUUGUGGUAAUUCAUGAGGUAAGAUCCCCUCCAAACAUGUUUUUAUUUAUUUAUUUAUUUUUACCAUGUAUACAAAUACUCU